UGUGUAUGGAAGCCUGUUUGACUGUGUGCUCAAGUGUAUUAAGAAAAGAGGCUCAAAACGUUCAGCGGAGGAGCAUAAUUGACUUCAGUCUCUAACGAAAGCAGACAGCCACAGCUCUGAAGGUAUGGAACACACAGCAACAACAAAACCGAGUGCUUUCAUAGGAAGAGAAGCUGAUCUUAAUAAUAAAAAGGAGAGGCAACAUUGGAAAAGGAAAUGGAAGGCAGCACACUGGAGAACAUCUCCUAUUUACUGGAGAGAAGAGCACACAAGCAGUGGAACCCCAAGGAGGUCCUCAAAGGCAAAUUGAGCAAAAGCUGCUCCUGCUCAGUGCAAAAACUGAAAAACUCAUUCAUUGGCUUCUUCCCCGUAGUACGGUGGCUGCCCAAGUAUAAACUUAAGGAACAUGUCUGGGGUGACAUCAUGUCAGGCCUCAUUGUCGGGAUUAUCCUGGUACCCCAGGCCAUUGCAUACUGCUUGCUGGCUGGCCUGCAGCCCAUCAACGGACUUUACACGUCUUUCUUUGCCAACAUCAUCUACUUCUUCAUGGGUACCUCCCGGCAUGUCUCCGUGGGAAUCUUCAGUCUGAUGAGCCUGAUGGUGGGACAAGUGGUGGAUCGGGAGGUGCAGCUUGCAGGAUUUGACAUGAGUGAUGACAGCCAGAUGGUUGCUAUGGGCCCUGAAGACCUGUGGUAUGGCAAUAACACUGCUAAUAUCACAAAGCUAAACUCAACUCUAGGAGCUUUCAAUAUGGAAUGUGGCAAAGAUUGCUAUGCUAUGAGCGUUGCAGCCGCCUUGACUUUCAUAGCUGGAGUUUAUCAGGUUCUGAUGGCAGUGUUUCAGUUGGGUUUUGUAUCAGUGUACCUGUCUGGACCAAUGCUGGAUGGCUUUGCCACAGGCGCUUCUCUCACAAUUCUAACUGUGCAAGUCAAAUACCUCCUGGGGAUCAAGAUCCCACGCACCCAGGGCUUUGGCACUCUUAUAAUCACCUGGAUCAACAUCUUCAAGAAUAUCCAGAACACCAACUCAUGUGAUGUCAUCACCAGUGCCAUCUGCAUCGCAGUCUUGGUGGCUGCCAAAGAGCUGGGCGACCGCUACAAAGACCGGCUAAAGAUCCCACUCCCCACCGAACUAGUCGUGGUUGUAACAGCAACCCUAGUUUCACAUUUUGCUGACCUUAAUGGAGUGUAUGGUUCUAGCAUCUCCGGGGCAAUUCCUACAGGUUUCAUCCAACCUCAGGUACCCAGUUUAGGAAUGAUGCCAAGGGUUGCCUUGGAUGCCAUACCUCUUGCAGUCAUCAGCUUUGCAUUCACAGUCUCCCUCGCUGAGAUGUUUGCCAAAAAGCACAGCUACACCGUCAGGCCAAACCAGGAGAUGCUGGCCAUCGGCUUCUGUAACAUCAUACCAUCCUUUUUUCACUGCUUCACCACCAGUGCAGCCCUUGCAAAAACAUUAGUCAAAGACUCCACAGGCUGCCAUACCCAAGUUUCCAGCUUGAUUAGCGCCUUUGUGGUUCUUCUUGUCUUGCUCUUCUUUGCCCCACUCUUCCACUCUUUGCAGAAGUGUGUCCUGGCCUGUAUCAUCAUUGUCAGCUUGAGGGGAGCCCUGCGCAAAUUCCGUAGUGUGCCCGGUCAGUGGCAGAUCAACAAGGUGGACACCUUGAUCUGGAUUGUGACCAUGCUUUCCUCAGCCUUGAUCAGCACUGAAAUGGGUCUGCUUGUAGGGGUGGUCUUCUCUAUACUUUGUGUGGUGGCUCGUACCCAGCUUCCCCAUGUGGCCGUUUUGGGCCAGAUUCAAGACUCUGUCUUCUAUGAAGACAGCAAAGAAUACAAGAAUCUCUCCACUGUCCCCAAAGUGAAGAUCUUCCGCUUCCAGGCACCCCUAUACUACGCCAACAAGGACUUUUUCCUGCGGUCUCUCUAUAAAACCUCAGGGCUUGAUCCAGUAUUAGAAGAGGCCAAGAGGAAGAAGGCAGAGAAGAAAGCCAAAGCAAAGGCUGCCAAACAGGCAAAAGAAAAUGGACAAGAGAAGUCCAAUGGAGACACUCCCCUGAUCUUGACUCCUGCUGGGCUCGACUUCCACACCAUUAUCUUAGACUGUUCUUCCAUUCAGUUCCUGGACACUGCAGGGCUUGUGACCCUGAAGGGAAUACUCAAAGACUAUAAAGAAAUUGGCAUCAGCAUCCUCCUAGCAUGCUGUAACACCUCUGUAAUUGAUUCACUAAAACAAGGCAGUUACUUUGGGACAUAUGAGAAGGACAUCAGUACCUUGCUGUUUUAUACAGUGCACAGUGCCGUUCAGUUUGCAGUAAGCAGGGAAGUUGCUAUCGGUGAUUCUGUGGUUUAGCAUUGCCUGAUUGGUAGUAAACUGCCUAAAAAUAGGUAGUAUUUCAGCCACAGGGAUCAACAGCUAUAAGCCAGUGAUGCCAAGCACCUCGGACUCAGGGUACAGGGUCAUAUAAGCUUUUAGGGCUGCAACGAAGUGUACAUUUUGACCAACGAAGAUUCGGAACACAUAACCAAAGGAAGGUUCGAACCUCCAAUGGUACUCAUUUGCAUAAUUUACUGGUGACGUCACCAUUGCUACUUGUUUAUAUUUGAUUGAAAAUCCUAUUAUUUUAUGGGUAAUCCAUAUAAAUGGAAUAAAACAUUCACAUGUAGUUUAAAAAUAUGUUGUAUAGAACAGCAAUCACGUUUUUAUAAUUUCAAUAAAAACAAAAAUGCACGUUGUUUGUUUACACGUAAUUGAAGAUGUUUGUGAUGCAUACAGUAAGCUCGCAUUGCACAAUUGCAGCGGAUUUAGGUAAAACAAAGCUUUAUUUAACCGUCACCGUUCCAAGCAGGUAAAUAUACUAAAAAUAUUAGUGUUAUCGUAUAUUUUGUAUGUUUCAAACAUAUUCUACCAUAGCACCUCUCUUACACUGUCUUGUACUACAUAUUUUACUGAAACACUACAACCGUACCACCCCAGUGCUUUGGAUACUAUACCCUGCUCCAUACACGGUAGCGGCACCAUAUAGAGUUGCUACGUAUAACAAUUUGGUAGCGGAUUUUAAUACAACAACUUUUGUUUAUGUAAUAUGCAUUAUACAAAUCAAAAGAUCAAAUUUUGCAUGUAAGUGGCAUUUAAUGUGUAAUUUAUAGUAUUCAUAUAUUGUCAAACAGUUUCUGUUAACAGGAAAAAAACAAAACAAAACACAGUGCGUCAAUGGUGUCUGACGAACCUUCGAAGGUUUAAAACAAUCUUCGAAUCCCUGGCUAGCGAACAAACCUUCGGACACAGCCCUAUAAUCUUUGCAAGCCGAAGCCUAGCAGCAAAGAAAACUUGCCCAUCAAGAUGACAGGAAAGAUUUCUCUCUGCCUGGCACACAAAGCUAAAUACACAACCCAGUGCAUUGUUUGAAUUACAAAACUGCAGACAGAAAUUCCUCACUGCCCCAUCAAUGCACUAUGGCCAUGCUAGUGUGGGACCACCCUCUUUUAUGGAUAUGUACUUAUGAACCAAAAAAUGUAGACGUGGCUGAGUCAGGUUUUGAAUUGUAGAAGUAGAAUAUGUAUGCAGCAGCCUCUUUAUAAUGCUAAAAGUAAAUACAGAAACAAGUGACUUUGUUGUUUAAAACCCAAAGGGCUAAAAUACAGUAACUCGAAUGAAGAAAUUAAUGAAGAAAUAUGUUCAUUAAGUUGGAAAGAGGGGCCAGUUUGAAGAUAUAUGCAAAGUUAACCUGUGUUAAUCUGUCAAAGGCACUUUUGUUUUAGACCGUGGUGCAUGUGGAAAGUAAAAAAAGUCAGAACCCGCCCCCUGACCACCUCAGUACACAAAUUCCAACACAAAUUUUAGGCAGUUAAAACAGGAUAACAUUUGAGUGUUUCAGCACAGAUUGGCUGCUCAAUACUGCCCUGGUGUGACUUCAAGUCCUGUUUUAUAUAAACAUCCACUGGGCAGUCAGUUACAUGAAGUGCUGUCAAAUUCCACGUCAGACUCGUAAUACUAAGACUGUUGAAAUAAGUUUUAACAAAAUAAUUAUUCUGUUACCUUGCAUUACAACACAAUGUAAUACACCAACUGGGGGUGAUUACUACUGGAAUGCUUUGAUCAAGUUUCAAAUACUCGUUCAUUUCUAAAACAAAUGGAAAAAUGUGCUAACUACAAAAACUUUUGUAGUAUUUUUUUGAGAGGAGGAAGUUUAAAGUGAUCAGCCACUAUAAUUGUCACCUCACUGAGAAUUGACAGGGAGCCGGGCACCCUUCAUUACCUAGCUCUGCUAUUGGCUAAGGGAGUACCUGAGCAAUGAAAAUGGCAUCUUAAAAAAAAAGCAACGCGUGGAAAUAUUUUUGAAAAGUUAAACAAGACCACGUGCAAUGUUAUCUCUACAGCACUUAUUUCAGAUUGUAAAAAAAGGAGUUAAAUGCUCAAUCGUCUAAAAUGCAAGCACCCUCCUGCUACUUUGGAAGAAAACACAGAAUGUGACAAAAGAAAACAAACAAGCACGCAUCUUUUACUGUGCACAGUGGUUCGACGAUGUGAUGCGUCUCGGGCUGAAAAAAAAAAAAAAGGAUUUUUUACGUUUUGUUAAAAGUGAACUUUAAAUUUGGAAUUUAACUGUAAACUACCCGGGCAAUGUUAAGCCUGUUUGAGUUCUGCUGUUAUUGUUGUGCUUUGUUAGUAAGCAGUCGUGUUGUGUGUUUUAUACGAGUCGAAAAAGCUUGUCAAAAAUGCAACUGAAAGUUUUGAAGGUCUUUUUUUUUUAUAAAGUUCUGCAUUUUAUAGUUAGGACCCCUCUGCUGUGUAUUCUUAUUUGUUACUUGUGGUUUAAAUAUUUUUUUUUUACUUUGAAUACAUUUGAUGUCUUAGAUGUUUCUUUGCUGUUACUUUUGAUGUAUUUAUCUAUGCGUCCCUACGUGUGGUUGCUGCUAAUACGUUCUAAGGACCUGUCACUGUUAUGAGUAAUUAGAGGUCAAGUAUUUGGGUUUUCAGAAUUUUAAAUUUUGGUAUAUUUGAAUAUCUUAUUAUUCAAAAUUCCAACCCCUAACACUAACACUGUAAAUAUAAAUUGUUGUUUUGCAGUAACCCAACAAGGUUCUAAAGUUUGGUAGGUAGGUACAUUCAGCAGCACAGACAGACCGAUGCUUCGGCAGCAGCAGCUUAUCUGACCCCUAUGGCUUUACAGCAGCCUUGAUCUGUUUAACCGGGAACCUUUUAUUCUUGGCGCUCUCUUGCACCACGCCUACCUGCUGAUUAGGGGCUAGCAGCUGGUAAACAUACACACUGCUCCCUCCCGCAACUAAACACAGCAGGCAGGCUGCUACACAGAGAGUCAGGUUCCCCAUUCUUAUUUAUACAAUCACUACACUCUUAUUUACAAUAAACAAUCACAGAAGCUCCCUCCUAAUGUGCAGGGCUGUAUUUUGGCUUAUGUAUAAGGCAGAACAAUCAAAGGGGAUCUUUGGACAAUGAUAGAUUAGCGACAAUAAAUGUAUUAGUUAUAUAUUGCUUUUUUUUUGUUAAUUGGACUAAAGGUUUUUAGUUUUUUUUUCAAAAACUGUGCCAAAAUGUAACAUCUGGUUGUGAGUUAUGUUUUCAAACAGUUAAAUAUUGUAAAUAGAUAACAUACAUUUAAUGACAAUAGCUAUAUGAAUUACUACAGCAUCCCACUUAAAUAACAAAAACGAGCAGGGUUUCCCCUGGGUUCUAGAUUUUUGUAGUCACUAGUGACUAAUCCUUUCUAAAAACAUUAGUCACUCCAGAUAUUCAGUAGUCACUACUGGCACAAAGGUCUUCUUCAAAGGUUUUAUGAAUCCUGUUUUUAUUUUAUACCUUAAAUCACUGUAUUGACCAAAACAAUUAUUUAAUUAAACCAUUUUACUAAUGCUCUACAGUUUAAAUAAAUUGGUCAUUUACAGCUGUAAAUUUUUAGAACUUUAAAACUCAAGGACCAGAUUUAUUUGCCCUGAAAAGCUACAUAUAGACACAGAAUGCAUUAUGAAGUACUUAUACCAAGAUUUAUAUAUUUUUUUUUGCAAUUAUUUUGCAACAUUUCAUAUGGCAAUGGUACACAAAUAAGUCAAUAUUUCAUAACCAACAAACUUAUUUCUAUAUUCAUUUCAUGUUUUUUAAAUGAAAGUACAAUAUUUCAGAAUUUUGUUAACGCUUUAGCUAAAAUCUACCAGUCUAUGGUAUACAAUAACAUUAAAAAGUGUUUUUGUGUACUUAUAUGUCUUUUACAAUAAUAAUAAUAAUAAAAAAAACAGUGUUAGAAUAUUAUAUACAACCCAUGGAAACAGAGUUUUCCAAAAAGGCUGAAACUUUGCUGCUUGUUUUCUUUUUCUUUUAUCUGACGCUUGUGAACUUUCUUUGUUCUUUUUUGUCUGGUGUUCCGAAUCCAAGUCUUCAUCUUCUGCAACUUGUUCUGUUUGUUCUAUUUCACUCUUGCUGUGGCCGCGCUGAAAAAACGAGCAGAUUUUCUUCUGCGACAUUUUACAGUAUUGGCUAACAGUUGUGUUUUUUAGUUCGCGCGCACAAGCUUACCGCUUUCACUGUGGAUUCCACUUUUUUUUUGUCGUCAAUUUCAAAAAACAUUUGCACAUUACGAGAGUGACGAGCGACAACGAAACCCCUGAUCACGAGCCUGUGAUAGUGCAGCACUGUAACAGACUUGUGUCAAGCACACAGUCAGCCCUCUGUUUGACUACAGUACUGACAGACACAUAUGGGCACUUAUCCAGCUCUAAAAAUUAACUCAAUCUUCUAGGCAGGGCUGAAGUGAAAGAAAAUCUAAUUUACUAAAUAAACAUGGAAAGAAGAAUUAGAAAUGACUAUUAAACAUUUAUUUACAGUACACUUUUUUCUGUAGUGUAUAAAAUAGGACUAGUUUAAGCUAAAGAAAACAAUUAAUAAAAACAAAACCAAACAUUCCAUCACCACUACAUCCACGGAGACUAUCACAGACGAGAGCAAAGUAAAAGCAAAAAUGUCUAGAUUUAAGUAUCCAAGAAUAAAAAUUUAAAGUAAACGGAACACCUUUUGAGGUAUUUUUCUAUAAAGUAACAGUGUAUACCAUAACAGUGAUGAUUUGUACAGGUGCAAAGUCUAGACUUCGCAGGCCUUGUCAUUUAUUAGAAUUGGGGAUGUUUACGUCCUCAUACACCAGACUUAAAAACUAAUUAUUGCUUAAUUAAACAAUGAAGUCAGGCUUAAUUAGGUGAGGGGAACAGGAGCCAAAAUAUGAAAUUUGCAGUUCAAAAUGGACUUAGCUGGUCAGUAAAUGUUUGCAGUAAAUAAAUGCAUUUCAUACAGGAUUGAUCAGUGAUGAGUGUAUGACAGGCUACUGUAUAAAUGCUAAUCUCAGUUUGGUCACACCUGUGGUCAUCGAAGAUGUGCAUAAUACAAUCCAAGAAGAAAGAAUACUUAAAAUAAAUAAUGACUAGAAUUACUUAAAUAACAAUGUGGGCAUUCUGUGAAAAAAAAAAAAUUAAUUCUAAACACAGUGUAAGCAAUAAAUGAUUAAAUUGUACUAAGUUAUUCAGGAGAUAACUAAGUAGCACCAUAUUUUGUGUUAUUUAUUUGUAAUUGUCAUGUGUGUUUAGUGUAAUGGCAAACUGUUUUGGCUGGUUUCAGAGACCCUGAUUAGCAUGCGUUUUGGACUACCUAAUGUCAAUUUAGGUAAGGCAGUCCAAGAUUAUUAGUUAUCCAACAUAUGUUGUAAUGUCAGCGUGUUUUGUGGCCAAUAAAGAAAAUAAAAAGAGAUGAUCCUAAAAAACAAAGAUUUUUUUCUUUUAAAUUGUAAUACUCAAAUAAACUUGUGUCAUGAAGCUCA